GUGGUGUUCGUACUUGCGGAGUCUUGGGCUAGUUGACGUGGUGGACGGUGGCAGCAUAUAAGGACUGAAAUGUUGCCUCUCUAUGGACUGCAUCAUCAAGCAUCAAUCAUCAACAGUCGCUCAGCACUUCAACGCCUUACUCUAAUACUCGGUUCAUCACCUAAUCGGUAGAUUACUACGACAAUCGCCUUCAAGAUGUACCCCAAGACUCUCGCUCUCGCCCUCGCCCUGACCUCCGUGGUCUCUGCCAGCCCUAUCCACAAACGCGACGACCCAAAGCCUACAUCUAUUCCUGGAGGAUGCAACCCCGCCCAUCCCGGAUCAUGCCCCGACUCUUACUUCUCGACAACUAACCUGUACACCGCGACUGUCAGCGCGACUCCCACCUCUGCCCCAUUGUAUACCGCGACUGUCAUUGCGAGUUACACUGCUGAGGAGUCUUGCGAGGAGGAGGCCCCUACGCCAACUCCCACAUCCAUUCCCGGAGGCUGCAACCCAGCACAUCCCGGAUCUUGCCCUGAUUCUUACUUCUCGACAAGCGUGGCCGCUCCUGUACCCACAUCCAUUCCUGGAGGUUGCAACCCCGCCCAUCCCGGAUCUUGCCCCGACUCUUACUUUUCGACCACUGCAGCAUAUCCUGCGGUCACAGCAGCCCCCGCGCCUGGAUCCAACCCCGUCAAGACUGACAAGACCUGGGCCGUCAAGGAUCUGAGCCGCUACUGCGGCGAGGGCAACACCGGCUGCGACUACAACUUCAUCAUUGAGGCCGACGGCAAGUCCCAGCGCUGCACCGUCAUCCGCCAGCCCGGCAAGGACGCCGCCACAGAGUCGUGGUCCAACCAGCCCUGCUCCGGCUCCCCCUACACCAUCUCCUGGGGCUACUCUGCGCAGCCUGCGCCUGCCUUCGCCGUCAUGACCGUUGUCAACGGCAAGGAGCUCGCCUGGUUCGGUGUCUCUGACAUCAACGGCCAGAAGGUCACUACCACUCCUUCCAACCCCUUCGGCUCUGGACAGUACCCCGACGUCAGCGCGCCGGUCUUCACUUACUAAGUGUGUAAUGAGUGUGAUGGAAAGGAAUUACGAUAACGACAAGAGAACGAUCAUUACUUUGGGAAUCAGCCUAUAAAUAUGGAGAUAUAACGACACGCGUAGCAUAGACCUUAAUAAUUAUAACGACAUCGAUCUGAAUUACAAGCUCCAUCUGUGAAAACGAGAAUGUGUUAUCGUGUGUGUUGC